AUGCCAACGGACACGCCCUCUGAAGGAUCUGAACCAGCGGCGACCAAUCGGUCGCCGGAAGGGCCAGUACCACGCGAGAGAGCACCCAAGAAGACUAAGAGAACCCGAGAGCAGGUGGAAUUGCCGAUGACUUCUCCACAGCUGAAUACAACGCCGAAGGGCCUGUUUUUGUCAAGUGCGAACCCAAACGCAGAGGUCUGCCCAGAAUCAAUGGAGACAGAGGCGGAAGGCAACCAGCCCGCGUCCUCGACGCCGCCCCUACCAGCAAGCUACAAAUUGAGUUUACGAAAAUUUAUUACCUACAAGAAAGAUGAUCUAGAAGGCUGUGAGGAUGACACAUCGGAUGACGAAGGCUCAGAAGAACAGGACGACCCAGAAUGCCCUAGAAUUAGACUAUCAAAGGAGGACAAAAUCAGAAUCAGGAGACCAUGGCGGAGAACCCUCAUAAUCCAACUCAUGGGGAGGGCAAUCGGAUACAACUACCUAGUUCGGCGGCUUCGCACUUUAUGGAAACCGGAAGGCCACAUGGAAUUGAUUGAUCUUGAACACGAGUAUUUCUUGGCUCGCUUCGAACUCCAAAGAGAUUACGAUAUCGCAAGGUGCGAGGGACCGUGGAUAAUUCAAGAUCAUUAUCUGGUAGUCCAACAAUGGAAACCAAAUUUCAGACCCCAGACAAGCAAAAUCCAGAAAAUCUGUGCGUGGGUAAGGCUUCCCGAUAUCCCUAUAGAAUACUUUGAUGAAGAUACGUUGAUUAAACUGGGUGACAAGAUUGGGAAAACUAUCAAAAUUGAUGACACUACUUGCCUUGCGUCUCGAGGGAAGUUUGCCCGCAUUUGUGUAGAAAUCGAUAUCACCAAGCAGCUUCUCGCAAAGUUCACGAUCGAAGAGGAGGAAUACCCAAUAGAAUAUGAAGACAUCCACCUCAUUUGUUUCAAGUGUGGCAAGUAUGGCCACAAGUCAGAAGCUUGCGGCCUAAAUGAGCAAGCACAGAGUGAGUCCACCCCAGAAACUGCAGGUGAGGACGGAUGUAAUGAUAAGGAAAGUGUCCCUCCCCAGGUACCGGAUGUAAGUCACCAAAAGACCUCGUCCAAAACCCACCUUAAAGAAAGAUUUGGACCUUGGAUGUUGGUAACAAGAAAGGACCGAAGAUCAACAAGGAGAGAUGGGACCUAUGGAGCCACCCAGAAGCAAAACACAAAGGAUAGAAACCACGACCCAAGCACCUCAAAUGGCACUAACCGCCAAAAUCUUACAACCAGGUUUGGCCCAUUGAGCAACUUGGAAGACGACAUUCUGGAGGAGGAACCAAUGGAGGUGGAAGCCACCAUUCAAAGGAAUCCGGGCAAAGCACCCAUGGAAGAUAUCUCGGCCUCUACUCAACCCCUAGGCCGCCCCCUAGCUAACCAGCAACGAGCAAGGACGAAGCAAGCUAAUCCGCCCAGCAAUCAAGAAAGAAGGAGAGCGCUGAGCCCCUCCAGGACCACCACUCCUUCAAGCGACAGAGGGCAUGUGAGGCAUCCUGCAGAAGCAUCUGCGAGAUCAACUGGACAGAGAAGUGGUGACUCCAACCAUCUCCUCUCCCCCACCAUCCGAUUACCGGGCAUUAGGACGGCGGGUCCAACCCAACAGGAAGGAAGGGGUAGAUCGACUACCCCUCGGAGGGCAGCAGCGGAGGAUGAACACACACUCGUGACAGGGAUAGUGAGGGGACAGCCAGUCUCAAGAUCGACUGUCAUCCACCGCCAAAUUGACCCCGGGAUAAUCUCUGAUCGCCCUCCCCCAAGCACCAAUAUUGAUGCUGCACCGGACGAGGGAGCUGAUUUUUUCGAUUGCGAUACGCCAAAUGAACUAAUGGAUGAAGACAGUUUGUCUAGGAGCCGGCAUAGUCUGGCUUUGGGUUCCCCUUCGCUCAAUUGA